AUGGAGAAAUACUUUCCACGCUCUUAUCACAAUCAGAAACAAGCAGAAUUUCUUGAGUUGAAGCAGGGGGAGAUGUCGGUGAUUGAAUAUGAACGAAGGUUCAACAGACUUGCUCGAUAUACCGCACGACUGGUCGAUACCGAUGAUCAAAAGGCAGACUCAGUGCAGGAGAUUGUAAGCUAUGGGGUGGCGGUUCGACGUGCACACGAAGUAGAAGCUGGGCUUGAGAUCGACAAUAAUACCAGGCAGACGAAUUAUCUGGUGAAGAGAAAGUGGGAUAACAAGAAUAAGUGGAAUAAGAAUGCUCCGAACGGGAAGGGAAGAUAUAAUCCUUAUCAGGCACCUACUACCUCAACUCAGAAACCCAUGUGCCCGCAGUGCAAGCGACCGCAUUUUGGCAAGUGUUAUGGGCCACCUGGAGUGUGUUAUAUCUGUCAGGAUCCAGGGCAUUAUGCAAACAACUGCCCGAGAAGGGGAAGAAACAAUCCGAAACAAGGUGGUGAGGCCCGACUGUAUGCUUUCACUCGACAGGAGGCCGGUGAAGGGAGUGGUACUAUGUCAGGUAUGAUUAGUAUCUCUGAACUACCUGUGUUAGCACUUUUUGAUUCUAGUGCGUCACAUUCUUUUAUAUCUGCUGAGCUUUGUGAGAAAACCAAUGUGCUUGUGGAAGUAGAGAACUUAGCACUUGAUGUUAGACUCCCUUCAGGAGAAACUCUAAGAACUGAUAGGAUGGCAAGAAACGUUGAACUGAUUUUGGGAGGAAAAGGGUUAGUGGCCGACUGUCAUGUUCUAGAGAUGCAUGAGUUUGAUCUAAUAUUAGGGAUGGAUUGGUUAAGUAGCAAUUAUGCCACCAUAAGGUGUCAUCAGAGAGAAGUGGUAUUUCAAAGACCGGAGGAGUAG